CGGGAGCUCAGCUGUUGUUGAAAUAAGGUUUGUCCUCGUGAGCAUGCCUUUUGUCACUUUCGACAAAUCCUUUGUUGGGAUUGAGUGUGAUGCUUGAAGGUGAUGAAAGUAACAUGGGCUUUAUGCUUCAGCUCAUAAAAUUCAACGAAGUAGAUCAUGGCGGCCCCACCCAUUCCUCCUAAAGGUAAUUCCAACUCGUGGCUGAGAGAUAAUAGGGUUACUGACCCACUGCCUUGGAAAGCUGAGACUGGGAACCUCUUCAGCAAUGACACCAAGUCGAGGGCUUUCAGUGAUAAUUUUACACCCACUGUGCCAAUAUGUGCCCCUCCUCUACCUCCUCGAAGGCCCAAUGAACCUGCACAAAAAUUACCCAGAGAAACUAAUGAACUAGCUCUCAUACCUCCUCCACCGGGUACUGGACAGCUUUAUCGCAACAAUCCUGAUAAUCAUAAACCCAAGAGCAAAUUUAGCAGUGCCAACACAACGAACAGUUCUUUGCACACUGAUGUGCAAAAUACCUUGUUUCAAAAUAUUUCUUCUGGCAAUGUCAAUCCAUCUUUUAGUUAUGGAUUAAGUUCCAGUUCUCAGUUUUCUGCAUCAACUGUCUCUUCAUUUGGAGCUGCAAGGCCUCUUGCAUUUUCAAACACUUUAUACCACCAAGGUAAUUCAAAAGGCCUACCUCUUGGAAUGGGAUUCCAGUACAACGGUGCUGCUUCUAAUAUGUAUGGCUCUGCUUUAAGUUCAAUAGCAAGCCAUCGUUUUCCAAAUGAUAAUUUUUCUGCAUCUACUGUUUCGUAUGCAACAAUUAAUCAUAAUGUCAAUAUCAAUAAUAACAAUAGUCAACCGAAUUUAGAAAAUAUACUUAAGUUCAUGAAAAAAAGAAGCGACAGCAACUUAAUAGAUUUAUUUUGUGGAGAAGAUGAAAAAGACAAUACUAAAUCUCAGACAAAUAAAAGUUAUGAUGAUAUUUUAAAACUUUUUGAUCCUCUAUCCAUUAAAGAUAUGCCAACUACUGUGCAAAGUAAAACAGAAAUUGCCACUGGUACUGAGGUAAAUAUUAACCUGAAAAAUGAUCAGGGCACUUGUGAUGGAAAAAGCAAAUCUCAUGUAAAUAUAUCUGAAUCAGAUUCUGAAAGAAACAUUCGCCAAGAAACAGUUCCAAAGUAUGUAGAUGAUAGGAGUGAUGUGCCAAAAUCACCUAAAAAGGUGAAACCUGCUGUUCUAAAGAUAUUAUUUGUUGAUGAUAAUUACAAUAAAGAAAUUACUUGUUUCUGUGAUAAACUUAAAGCUUUAAGAAAGGAAUUUUCAUAUGAUGAUCAUGUGACUAAUCCAGGAUUAGUUAUCAGCCCAACAUUAGACAGUUACCAAGAUGAUUCUCUGAGCAUUAAACUGAUCAUAAAUUCAAUAAAUUCAGAAAGGCCAGUGUCUUUUACUUGUGAUGUGAAUACUAGUAUUGAACACAUAAUUAGUCACACAGUUUGUACAAUUUUUGAUGAUGCAAGUUCCAUUUGUAUGGACAAUUUUGUUCUUAAAGUGCAAGGCUUGGCUGAGUAUUUUACCUCUCAUUCAGUCUUAGCAGAUUAUGAGUAUGUACAUCAAUGUCACAAAUUUGAUAAACCUGUAUGCCUGACUUUAACAGAUAUUAAAGACUUAAAGCGACCCCUUGCCAGAACUAAGCGUGAUGAUGUAAAUGAUGUAAAUUUCAAGUGUAAGGAUAUUGCUAACGUAUCGAGGAAAGAGAUUAUUUCUUAUGAUUCUUUAAGUAUUCUUUUGGAUACUUUUGAAAAAGAAAUUGAAAAAAUAAAAUCAAGUGCCUUACAAACAAAUAUUGAAAAUUUAAAACCUCAAGCUGCUAUUCAAGCUGUAAAAGCAAUUUGUACCCUUUUAUCUCAUGUGGAAACACCAGAAAUUACAACCGCUGUCGCGGCAUUUAUUAAAGUUUGUCUUCUUUUCGAAAAAAAUGAAAAUUCUAAUUUUGAAUCUUCAGAAUGUAGCAAUAAAAAAGAUCUCAAAACAGACAGUGAUAUUCUGAACAUGUUUGAGCUGUUGGAAUUAAGUUUAUCUCACUUGAAAAAUGCUAUUCAUGAGUUACUUGUUAUGUAUACCAACGCCUUUAGAGUAAAUUUUGAGCUUGAACAUUGUAUUGUCCCUCAAGAGGAGAAAAUGGUCACAGACUUUCUUGAUACUCCAUUAUUUGAAGUUGGUGUUGUACAUAGAUUGGAACCUAAUAUGAUAUCUCAGUUUGAAAGCUUUUUCAUUGUCUGCGAAAUGUAUCACGGAGAUACGCUACUAUCCUCACUUACAACAAGACUUUCAGUUAUCUCAAAAAGUUUCUUCCACAGAAUAGAGUAUGAACAGUGGUUACAGUUUGAAAAUGUUGCAAUGUGUACUUUGCCUCAAGAAACAGUACUUUACUUUGUGUUGUGGGCGAACAUUCAAACUCAAACAGAAUCAAAACAAUCGAAUAAUAACGCCGGUGGCCGUGCAUGUCUUGGUUGGUGUGGUUUGAGAUUUUUUUCCUAUGAAAACCAACUGGCUCAAGGAUCUUUCUUAUUGGGAUUCUGGCCCUCAGAAGUAAUGAGAAAUAGUGGACCAUUAUUAUCAAAUCCAGGUAGUAAUUGUCCUCUUUUACAAAUUCGCUUACCAGAUUUUGGAUGCAUUGUGAAAUUUCCUCCUGUACUAAAUAAUAGGUUUGCAUCUUCUCAAAUACGAUCAUUUGAAAGUUUAGAUUCCCAUCUUCAAAGAGUCUUAAGAGAUAUUAUUGACCAAGAUCCUUUAAAAGCAUUAGUUAGUGAAGAAAAAGAAUUAUUAUGGGAAAACAAGUAUUACUUGCACAAUUUUCCUAAUGCUUUGCCGAAGAUAUUACUCUCUGCUCAUGGAUGGGAUUGGGCUUGCUUAUCUGAUAUCUAUUCUCUUCUUAAAAGUUGGAGACCAAUGUCUCCUGUUGACUCAUUACAUUUAUUAAUACCAAGCUUUCCCAAUAGGAAAGUUAGAGAAACAGCCAUUUGUUGGAUGAAGGAAAUAGUUAGUGAUGAAUUAUGUGAUUAUUUGCCCCAAAUUGUGCAAGUGUUAAGGUAUGAGCCGUGGGAUGAUUCGCCUACAGCAUGGUUUCUUCUUGAAAGAUCUUUAACAAGUGUGAGGGUAGCACAUCAUUUGUACUGGCUAUUGAAAGAAAAUCUCAGUGAUCCAAUUGUUGGAGACAGGAUGCAACUGAUGUUAAACAGCCUACUUGCCAUUUCCGGAUCUGCAAUGUGCAACAGGAUUAAAACACAAGAAUCACUGCUAGAAAGCCUGUCAGCUAUUGCUGAUAAAAUAAAAACGACCAAAGAAUCAUUAAGAUUAAGUAGCUUAUUUUACGAGCUUGAAAUCACACACCAUGAACUAACUGAUAAUCAAACCUGUUUGCCAUUGAGCCCGAGUUUGGAGGUUUCUGGAAUUGACGUCAAGUCCUGCUCAUAUUUCACGUCUAAUACCUUGCCUCUAAGACUUGUCUUUACAACUCCAGAAUUUCCAAACAAUAAUCAUGAAGCUAUUUUUAAGGUAGGUGAUGACAUAAGACAAGAUAUGAUAACCAUUCAAAUGAUUCGAAUUAUGGAUAAAUUGUGGUUGAAAGAAGGACUUGAUUUAAAAAUUGUCACAUUUGCUUGCGUUGCUACAGAUUACAGGAAAGGUAUGGUUGAAUUGGUUCUUGAUGCAGAAACACUGCGCAAAAUACAAACAGAGCUGGGUUUAACAGGUUCUUUUAAAGACCGUCCAAUUGCAGAAUGGUUACAGAAAUAUAACACUUCUGAGUUGGAGUAUCAGCAAGCUGUAGAAAAUUUCACCUUGUCUUGUGCUGGUUAUUGUGUUGCAACUUAUAUUCUUGGUAUAUGUGAUAGGCAUAAUGAUAAUAUAAUGCUAAAAACAUCUGGCCACAUUUUUCACAUUGAUUUUGGUAAGUUUCUAGGAGAUUCUCAGAUGUUUGGUAACAUCAAACGAGACCGUACUCCUUUUGUGCUGACUUCAGACAUGGCUUACGUGAUUAAUGGUGGAGACAAACCUUCGAAAAAGUUCCAGUAUUUCAUUGAUCUUUGCUGUCAAGCAUUUAAUAUCAUCAGAAAACAUAAAAAUAUAUUUUUUAAUCUAUUUAUGCUUAUGACUUCCUCUGGAAUUCCUGGAAUGACUUCUAAUGCAGUAAACUAUAUUGAAAAGGCUUUGCUUCUUGGGAUGACUGAAGCUGAAGCUACGGCGCAUUUCACACAUUUAAUACAAGAUAGUCUUAAAUCCUGGUUUACACAAUUUAAUUUUUUUAUACACAAUUUGGCACAGUUGAGAUUUACUGGUGAUCAUAAUGAAGGCUUGCUUUUAUCAUUUAUACCUAAAACAUUUUCCAAAGAAACGGAUGGAAAAAUAUUACUGGCUGAUGUGAUUGGUUACCAAAAAAUGUAUGAUCCAGAAAAAUACUAUCUUUAUGUUGUGAAACUGGAGAGAGAAAACCUUCCGGAUUCAAUGUGUGUGUUUAGAACUUACAGAGAAUUUGUCGAGUUUCAUCAAAAAUUAUGCAUGAUGUUUCCACUUGCAAAGUUUCAUCCUCUUCGUGGGAAUCCACUGAUGGGUAGAGCUAACGUACGAGAGGUGGCCGAAAAGCGUAAAAUGGAGUUGAGUUCUUUCCUAUCUUCUUUGAUGAAUAUGGCGAAAGAAAUAUCACAUUGUGAUCUUGUGUACACAUUUUUCCAUCCUCUUCUUCGUGAUCAGGAAGGGAUGGUGAGCGAAACCAAAAACAGAUCUCCGAAAUCUCGCAGGAGUAGUUCUCUUACGGAGAUUCACGGGCAGAUAAAGUUAUCUAUUGUUUAUAAAAAUAACUCUCUUUUUAUCAUGGUAAUGCAUGCGAAGAACCUGAGCUCAUCAAAGGGAAGGGACCCUGACCCUUAUGUGAAAACAUACCUACUCCCCGAUACAAACAAAUCAACCAAACGCAAAACAAAAAUUGCGUCAAAAAAUUGCCAUCCCACUUUCAUGGAGAUGAUUGUGUACAACUUGCCCUUGGAUGUUGUUCAGCAUAAAGCUUUGCAUGUUUCUAUUUGGGACUAUGACAGAGUGCAAGAAAAUGAAUUUUUAGGUGCUGCACUUAUUCCCUUGUCAGGAAAUCUGAGCAAAGAAAUUGUGCAGUGGUACCCACUUGGACAGUUUAACUAUUAA